AGAAACGAGGAUUUGACGUUUCUGUUCGACAAUGUAGAAUUACUGGCAUUUGAAUCGUAUUUCGACUUCAAAAGCAAUGUCUUUGMGUGACCUAUUUAAAGAAAAACCUCCUGCAGUUACAUCAAGUAGUGAUAUCCCUUGGCCUUCGGCUGAGAAAAGCGUAAAUGUUGCACCGUCUUCUGAACGUCAGCCUUUUUUGACAACUUCUCCGCUUUGGAAAAUCAAAAGAAGUACGUCUUUCCGAGAAUUUCUGAAUCCGAACUACAAGUCUAAGCUACACACCCAAAAUGUGGAUAUAGGRGAAGAACCUAUAGAUUUGCUCUCGAAUUUAAAGGACUCUGGUCUAAGUAAGGCAGAACUUUUGGAAAGCACGAAGAAAACUGUCAAAACUCCAAAGCAAAGCUUCAAAAUUUCGUCUUCACAAAGCCAUAGCACCAARCCWACGAASAAACAAKAUAGUGGUUCACUUUUGAAUAAUAAAGAARCUGUUUCUAGCAAAUCUGAGCUAGAUUCGCUACGUCCCAAUAAUAAAAACUCUCAGCAAUCACCUUCAAACGAUUUACUCCCAAACUUGACGAAUUCUGGGCCAAGAAAAUUGGAGAAAAAUAACUUUAUUGAUAAAGCACCAAUUCAAUCUGAAAGGAUUUUGAGAAGUCAAAGUAAACAGCUCCAAGAAAAUGAUCAAAAAGCUACACCAAAGACUACUAAAGCUCCUGUCAUUUCAAAGGCAAGUUCAACAAAAGUAAACAAAGACAAAGAAGUUAAAACAAUGCARAGUUUUUCACUUAAAAGUAACCCUCAAGAAAGAUCAAAACCUAGCCAGUCUUUUACUACAACAAAAMCAGAGAUGGGCAAUGUUACCUCUUCAUUGAUAUCUGAUAUUAUAAGURGCAUUGUGAAAGAUAAAUCACCACAAAAGGAAACAAAAACAUCAGAGGAAAAAAGUUCAAUUUCUUUAGAUUUUAAAGAACAAAAGAUACUGCAAAGGGGCUCCCUGGAUGAAAAUUUAGUCUCAAAAACAGCAGAUAAUGAUGAUAGCUCUAUUGGUGUUGUUCAAAAGAAGACUUCAGCAUUGGAAGGUAAUGCUGCAUUUUCUCAAAAGAAAAUGAAAAGAAAGCAAAGAAUUUUUGCUUCUGAGUUGAUGUCUUCUAACAAAGCUGAAAAUGAAUUUGAUUCCUCCAUUAAUAAAAAAGACUUAGAUAUUACACCAAAAAAUACAAAUCUCACCUCAUGUAUUACAGCAGAUGUGCCUUUGUCUGCUAAUAAAGUAGAAUCCAAAAGUUCUACAGUUUCAUGCAAAACGAGUGAAAAUKUAGGAACUAAGCGGAAGUUGAAAGAGCUAGAAGAAAAUAUCUCCAAAAGUGUUGAUAGCAGUGAUGUAUUGAGCCCUAAGAAAAAAGCACUCACCUGUAUAUAUUCAGCAUUUUCAAGUGGAUCUUUGGCUGAAAUCCCUUCUGAUUCUAUUAAAGAUUCAGUGGGAAGUAGUCAAGACCAAAAUUUAACAGGAAUUGAAGAAAUUGUUAAUYCAAGCAAUACCACUGAUACCCAUCAGCAACAUGAUAGCAAUGAUUUGUGUCAAAAAGGAAAAUUCAAUGACAAUCCUUCAAUACAUGUAUAUAGUAAGUUUGAAUCUAAUCAAGAUAAUAAAUGUACAAAAAAUGGAGACAUUGCUCACAAUACCACUGAAAGCUCAGAUGGUAAACUUUCUAGAACUUCAGAGUAUUCUUUUCAGGGCUCUAAGCCCUCUGAAACAAACAACACAGUGCCUCCAAACAAGGACAAAAAGAUGUCUCUUGCCAAAGAUAAUUCUUCCUCUGAAGAGAAAUAUUCUUCAGGUGAUAAAACAUUUGAAUCUGUGAAAAUGGGCAUUGAUGUUUCAAAGGAUGAAAAUGAGACAGAAUUGGGGUCCAUGUCAGAUAGGGAAAAGGCUUCUGAUAUCAUCAAUAGUGAUGUUGAUAAUUGUGAUUUUAAAGCUAAUGAUAUUGGAGACAAUGCCGGUAUUGAAAAUAACAAUGAUUUGAAAGAUAGCACACUUAAAGUCAAUGWUACUGGCAAUGAUGAUGAUGAUAAUGAUAGUGAUAAUGAUAUCACAGAUAUCAGUUUUGCCUCCAUUGGCAAUACUGAGGGCAGUAAUAACACCAAAAAGCAUCUCAUGGGUAUCAAAAAUGAUGAUGAAGAUGAUGAUAGUGAUGAUAACAUCACAGAUAAAAAUUUUGCGUCCUUUCUAAAUACCAAGGCUAGCAAUGACACCAAAAUUCUUCACAUCAGUAAUUCUAAUGACAUCAAAAGAAAUGACAGUAAAUCAAGUUCAAGUGAAUCAUCAACAGAUGAUGACAAUGAUGAUAAUAGUGAUGAUGACAUCAAAGRUAAAAAUAGCGCUUCCUUUUGCAAUAYCGAAGGUGACAAUGACACCAAAAUUCUCCACAUYAGUAAUUCUAAUGACAUCAAARAUAAAAACCGCAAAUCAGGUGCAASAGAAUCACUAUCAGAUGAAGAYACUGAUGGUGAUUGCAAUACAAAAAGCUUUGAUAAUGAAAAACUUGAUGAUUCUCUUGAGGUAUUAGUAUUCAAUGAUGAUUCUGAGGAUAUGCUUGAAGAUGRAGAAAUUCAAUGGGAUGAUAGUGAUGAUGAUGAUCCUAAUAAAGAGCCUGAAAAGCGUGGAGAAGGGAAUCAAAUCAAGACUAAGAACAAGAGGAAAAGAAAGAGAAAAAGGAAAGGAAAAGAGAAAGCAAAGAAAAUACAAAAAACAUCAUAUUCAAAGGGUACAAAGCAAAAAUGGGAGGAUUCAACCAGACCAUUUCCAGGAAAGUUCAAGGAGAUGAAGAAAUAUCAAAAUGAUUCAAGACAAGAUGCAAGAGAUAUGUUGUCAGUUGGAGAGCCAAGCACUGGCAAGAUUACUAAGCAUUUUGAUAGUAAAGUUAAAGAAGAAGACGAGGAAGAACAAGGCUACAGCUUGCUGUCAUCACUUAGCAAUAGUGCCAUUGAUGUCACAGUGGCUGCCAGUGAGAAGGAGCUUAUUAAAAAGAAAACCAGGGGGGGUCAAGUCAGUGCYAAUAAGAGGAAGAAACUUCAAAAAAGAAUGAAUUCAUAUCUUUCAAGAAGAGCAAAGGACAUGCAACAAGCAAGACAAAGAGAGCCUGCACCUCGUCCAGUUUGUCAUUAUUACUUGAAAGGAUCAUGUACGAAGGUAGCUGGUUUAAUGCACCAAAACAGACACCAAACCCCCGGGUGGGGCCGGGGCGAUGAAUGUCCUUUCCGUCAUGAAGGAACACCAACAAAACAACAAGAAGUCUGUAAAUAUUAUCUGGUUGACGUUUGCAUGAAAGGAGACAACUGYCCUUACUUGCAUAGUUCAUUUCCAUGUAAAUAUUUUCACUCUGGAUACGGAUCCUGUCGAAAUGGAGACCAUUGUAGGUUUUCCCAUGAUCCUCUCACCCYAGAAACACAAGGAAUGCUGGAUAAGUUYCUCUUGGACCAAARGGCAAGAGAAUCGGAAAGAGAAGCACAAAAACAAGAAAGACAAGACCACCAACCUGACAUGGAAACCAAGGAACUUGCUGUACCUUGCUCGCCAUUGGAUAACGCGCUGGAUGGAAAAAGUUUACAGAACAAGUCUAGUCCAAUAACGGAGCCUAUUUAUUCGGUGAGAUAUGGCCCUUUACCUGAGAAUAACCUGAAUCUGCCCUGUGAUGUAUUAGAAGUGGAGUCUCCGUCAAUACAGGAUGAUAAGAAAGAGAUAUCGAAGGCCGUAUAUUUAGUACCUGGAAUGUACUCUGAACCUAAUAAGGAGRCAUAGAUAUGUCGCAAAAGAAAUGAUAGAGUGCGCGCACUAAAUCCGUGAACAUUACUAAAUACAGUAAUUUUCCAUUAAGGAAGAACCAGUAUUYAGUAAAUAGAARGCUGUCUUYCUGAUUGUCUUSUUGUCCUGGUCCUUUUUCAUGGAUUUAUAGUGCGAACAAUCUAUUUCACUGGACUAGCUCGACCACACGAAACCAGUUCGAUGACGAAGACCGAUGAAUCGAUUAAUGUGUUCUGUUAUAACUUAUUUGUUUGAAUGUAAAACCAGUUUGAUGAGUGCAAUGCGAUUGUACUUCGACACCGGAGAUUCAACAGAUCUGAUAAAUAAACCAUUACAGAUUGA